AUGAUCCUGUGCAUACACCAUGGUUGCUUUUUUGAGUUGAAUGAUUUCAAAGAAAAAUGUACUAAUACUCAUUAUUACCAAAUAAAAAUGUCGAAUAGUGCUUUUGGACCAGUUUUAAGUUCAGGGACUGCUCCUAAUUUAGGCAGUGUUCCAUCUGCUAAAGAAGAGCAUGCCUUAGGCUUAAAAGCUAUUUAUGCAGCUUGUCGACUGUUGUAUCCUGAUCAACCUACUCCACUGCAAGUAACAGCUGUUCGAAAGUUCUGGAUGGGUGGACCAGAUCCUUUGGAUUUUAUCAAUAUGUAUGCAAAUCCAGGAUCAGCUGAACUGCAAAGCCCUCCUCACUGGCAUUACGUAACUAACGGUUUAUCAGAUUUGUAUGGUGACUCGAGGUUUCAUGGCCACUGUCAUUCAACUGAUGGUCCAAGUGGUUUCGGUUUCGAGUUAACAUUUCGAGUGAAACGUGAAGCAGGUGAAACAAAUCCACCAACAUGGCCAGCGCAUUUACUACAAAGCUUAGCACGUUAUGUUUUCUAUUCACAAGCUCAAUUAAUGGCAGGCGAUCAUAUUCCAUGGCCUACGGCUUUAGAUAAGCAGCCUAAUUUUUCAUCUCAACAGUCGGAAAAACGACGACGGCAUCAUCAACAUCAUCAUCACCACCAGCAACAACAGACGGAUAAAGAAACAAAUGUGAAAGAGUUGGAAAAUGCAAGAAAAUCCAUUGCAAUGGCGGCUGCAGCAACUGCAGCUUCCAUAUUAGCUGCAAACAGUGCUAAAACAGGUAUGGGAUCUUCAUCGGCUGCUUUAUCCGCAUUAACCAAUCCUUCGACUUAUGCAUCCAUGGUCGCGGCUGCUCUAGCCGCUGUCAAUAAUAACAACUCGAAUGAUCCAGUUGGCCAGAAUGAAACUAAGGAUAAACUAACAACUAAUUCAACAAAUUCAUCACGUAUUCAUCAUAUGCUACUGGUAGAAGAUCCUCAACUGAAGAAAAUCACUACACCAUAUGGUUAUGUUCAAUUCUUACAGUUGGUUGGUCUUUGCGAUGAGGAACUGCGUUUGGUUCAACGUUGGACUGGUUCUCAUGUUGCCGAAUUAAUGAGUUGUUCACUAGAAACUGGAGGUGGUCUUCUUGUCACCGAUAUGAAAAGAAAUUUAAAUAUUUUUGAAUUGCAACCAAAUUUAGUGGAUUAUAUCAAUGAUAAAUUAAAACGUGAAGGUUCGAAUUUAUCUGGUGUCACAAUAUCCUAUUUUGCUUGGGCACCUAUAACUAUGGUCACUUUAGGUGAGCUACUACCAGGUGAAGUGGAAUCUCGUCGAUUACGUCGUCAAACACAGAAACGUGAUUCAUCUUCAACUAGUUAUACUGAUAUUGGAUCUAAAACUGUGGCCAUGGACACAGAUGAUACAUUGGUGUCGUUUGCAGUAAAAAAACGAAUUGAAGAUGAUGAAUUUAUAGAUGUUGUUGGCGGUGGUGGUAACGGGGGUGGCGACGAGACAUUGCAGAAGUUGACAGCAGAAAGUUACAUCAAUUCAUCUACUAGUGCUUUGGCUUCAGUGUCUGCUGAACCUAAUUCACUAAAAAUUUCUCGUUUUGAACCAAAAUCUCGUGUUUCUUUAAGCAAUAGGUUGAGCUCCGGACAUUUAACUUCAGAUUGUUUUCCGCAUUCAUUAGGAAAUCGAAAUGUAAUCGAUGGACAAACUAUCAGUGCACCUGGUGGUUUUUCUGCCUGGUGUAAUCGGGUAGGACCUAUCAAUCAGUUUAACCAAUCACCUAUGAGUCGUCAAAGCAUAAACAAAGUCGGCGCUAAUACUUCAUCUACAGGUGGUGGAAUAUUCAAAAGUACUUUGAUCAAUUCACCUACAGAACUGACUAAUGUAGUUGGCGGCGCGCUUGGUUUUCGAACAUUCAACUCAGAACUACCAAUAUCUAAUAUGAUUACAGAUAAAUUUAUAGAUACCAGUAUUGAGCCUAAAGGUGGGAAUCUUACACCUGGUGGUGGUAGUAGUAGUACUACUGGUGAUGGUUCUGCACCAUGUACACCUUUAGCACAUUUAUCACUUUCUCCGGCAAGUUUGGAUAUGAUGCCAACACGGAUUAUCGAUUAUUUAGAUGUGCAUUUAUGUCGUGAAGCUGGUGAAAUGCUUCCUUUAGCAGUGAAUGAUCGACUACGUCAUGGAAGACAUUUUACAUUUUUAAAUGCAAAUUAUCCAGAUCAUGCUAUUACGUUAGUGCCAUCUGGUGUUUCUGGAGCUUUUGUUACAGAAGAAACACCCUAUGUUGCCCGUGGACCAUGGUUACAAAUCUUAUUGACAGACGAUUUUCUGGAACAGUUGGAAUUUCAAUUUUCAUGUUUAUUAUAUCCUAAUGAAUUGCAUUUGCCGUUAGUUUUUCGUUGGCCAGAAAGACAUUUACGUAUAUGCUUGGUUGAUGUCAGUUCAUCAUCAUCAUUGUCAUCAUCACCACCACCAUCAUCAAACGGCGGCUUACCAUCAAUAUCUCUCCCGCAUUCACAUACAGCAUCUGUAACAAACCCGGUGUCUUUAAUAAACGAUACUAAUAACAAUAUUGGCAAUAAUAGUGUCGACAAUAGCAACACUUCAGAUACAUCGAAUAUUUCAAAACUUAUGGGUACUCCUACUACUUCUAGCAUUCAUUGUAAUUGGAAUACAUCAAUGGUAGAUAAUAGAUUGAUAUCUGGUAAUAACAGUGGUAGUGUUGGGAGUACUCUACAGUCCUCAGUCAUUCCGAGUGCAUUUGCUAAAUCUGAUUUACUUCCUUCAUUCUUAUCAUUAUUCCCACCGGGAUGUAUACCACCGCCAAAUGUUUUAUCAUCGUUGUUCAGUGCCAUGGCUACAAAUAAUUCUAGUAGCACUAGUGACAAUAUUAAUACUACCAACAAUGAUCAAUCUCAAACAGAAUUAUUCAGAAAAUCAUUUCUCCCAAUAAAUCAGACUGUAACACCAGUGCCCAUAUUUCAAACAUCGUCGUCAUCACCUACAUCAUUAAUCCAACCAUCCGCAUCAACGUUGCCGAAUUCAUCUCAUAUACACCACCAUCAAAUCACUCAGCAACAACAAGUACGGCAAGAACAUCAACCAAGUACAACAUCUCUUCCUACUGAAUUAAAAGUUGAUAGCCUAAUUGACCCUAAUGUAUUUGCUAAUAACUGGUCAAUGUUUUUGCAAACAUUAAUGCGUAACAGUAACAUUAAUACUAAUAAUACGGAUUCAUUAAGACAAAUAAUAUCUGGUAGUCAGAAUAACAACGUUGCUACUACUAAUAUCAGUAGUACUAAUCCAACCGCUUAUUUCAUGGAGUUUUUGCAAAAUUUUCCUUUCAAUAAUAGUAAUAAUAAUUGUAUGAAUAUGUUGUCUGCUUUAACUUCGUCAACAGCACCGACAGCAUCAGUAUCAUCGUCAUCAUCAUCAAUGAAGCAUUUUUAAAUUUUGUUUUCUCAUAUGUUUUUAAAGCGUACUGACCUAUUGAUACUCUUAUGAAGUAUACAUUAAAAUAGCACAUGUGUAUUCUUUCAUUAAAAAUUUAUUCUAAGGUUAUAUUUUUUUCUGCUUAUUUCCUACGUUUCCUUAUUUUCUUUCUUUCUUUCUUUCUUUUUCAAAUAUCAAUUUCUUCCUAUUCCAUCAUUAAUAUGUUUAUAUGCAGUGUUCUCUCGUAAAACAAUCAACAACAAAUGCGGUAUUCUAGUUAGAAUGCAAAGAAAUCAAACCAUGUUUUAUCUUUCGUUCGCUCAGUUUUUGGCGCCAAGUAAUCGUAUCAUUGUGUGUGUGUGUGUGUACUUUCAACAAUCAAAUCAAUGAUAAUAUUAUUAUUUUCACAUGACCACUUUCUUGUUCUCAUGCAAUUCAUUAACAUAAUGUGUAUAUUAACGAGUAGUAAAUAAUUCCUUCAACAAUUUUUUUUGAAUGUUUCAAUUGAAUUAUUUCAUGUUUUUUUUUAAAUUUCAUUCAAAAGGAAAGCGCCAAAUAAUCAACUUUUAUGAAGCACACAACCUACUAAUGAUUUUUUGGACAAGAACCUUUUUUUUCUUCUUUUUGAUAUCUCAAAUAUACAUUUAUGUGUUAUGGUAGGUUAAAGAAGCGCCAUCUAUUUAUUUAGGGUUAUUUCUCCCUCUUUUUGUUUUUACUUCAUUUUACCCGGUCACUUAUAUAGGAGAUAGUAUGAGUGUUUUCAUUGGAACCUUCUCAAUAUAGUACAUUGAUUUGACUUAUUUUAACGUUUUUAUUAUUUGCAUUUGUUUUUCAUUCACUAUCGAUAUUGUUCAGUUUAUGGAUUUAUUCUCCAUUAGAAACUUGUUAGAUUUAAUUGACUUUAGGGUUAACAUACAUUGAUUUGUGUACCCGUUUGUUAUUACCGAUGAUUGACAUUCAUUGUAUUGUUAUAGUUCGAAAAAAUAAUUCACUUUCUUAAAAUUAUAAAAUGUAUGUAUGUUUUGGUUUUAUGCGCAUUUUUCUUCGAUAAUACUUUCUUUAUGGACGGAAUUAAUUUUCAUCACUUUUUGUUUUUAUUAUUUACACUUACUUAGAUGAGAUAGUCAUAAUGAUGAGGUUUAAAAUUGGAAGGAGAUAAAAGAAUGAAGUUUGAUUUUUGUUUUUUCUACAUCAUAUUUUUUAUCAGACUAUUGAAAAUAUAUAAGUAUUAUAUGUAACCUUUUCAUCAUUAGUAUUUUUUAAAAAAAAUUUUCAUCUUUACCAUGCU